CAACUCCACUAUAUAUGUGGGAGAGUAUACACCUGGAAGAGGAGCUACUAGCAUUUGCAGGGAUAAGAGUUGGAUCUGAAGAAGAAGAAGUAGAAGAAGAAGAUCAUCAUGGAGAGGAAACCACUUGGAUUUUUCUUGUUGCUGCUCAUCGUCUUGGCUUCUCAAGAUCAGAUGAUUAUGCCAAGUGAGGCAAGAGUUUGCGAGUCAAAGAGCCACAAGUUCCAGGGACCAUGCGUGCGCGACAACAACUGUGGUCUGGUGUGCAAGAACGAAGGUUUCACUGGUGGUAAAUGCCGAGGAUUCCGUCGCCGUUGUUUCUGCACCAAAAUUUGUUAAUUGGUGCUACCAGAGAUGAGGAUCAUUGCCCGCAUGCAUCAUAUAUAUAUGGUUUUUAGUAGAUGGAAGUAAUGAAUAAUUGCCAUGCAUAUUUGUAGCUUGCUCUAGGAUUUAAAGUUUGGCUUUGUGAGGUAUAUAUAAAUCAUCAUGCAUGCAUGCAUGUUGUGAAUGCUUGAUCUUGAAGUGAUCAAUUAGUACUGUCAUCUAGUCAUGACUUGCUUGAUCCAUACCGUUUGUAAUUUGUUUGAAUAAAAGUACUGAGUCAAGUGUGUGUCAUGUCAUCUAGUCGUGACUUUCUUGUUAAUGCAUGUGUUUGCAAUUAUAUGUAUGUAUUAACUAAAUGAGUGAAGUGUGUACGUAUUUGCCUUUCA